GCGUGUGGCAGUUCACUCAUACAACAACAGCUCGAACAGAAUAUCAUCACUUUCGCAGUAAGAGGAGAAGAGUAUUUUAAUUACACCGAGAUGUCGUCUUUUGGAAAGGUAAGCAAUAAUAACGUACUGUGUGUACUUUGCUAUAUAUGUAUAGACAGAUUCAUAAUGUCAAUAUCCGUAAAGUACAUGACAUUCAGUUUAUUAUCAACUAUUAACUCGUAACUCAAUAUAUUACAAUAUGCACGAUGCCAAUGGUGUCAUUUUAAACAGUUUUGUUCUCAUGAGAUACAUUACAUUGGAGAAUUUAUAUCAAUUUCCUAAAAUCUAGUCUACCCUAGACUCUACCGCGAUCUUUAGUUUUUGAGAAUAUCUGAUUAAGUUCUUGAUCAAGUUUUUGAAUAUUUUUCGGUAGUUCAGACACAAACUGGUGGACUACAGAAGCUUCACAUUUCCUUUACUGCAUGGCUUCAGUCUUCACUGAAUUACCCCAUGCCGUUCGAGCCGCAAUUAGAUAGGGCUAAUUAACAAAAUAUUUUAUCAUAUUUAUUGAACGUUUACGAAUUGUUUGACAAAUUUUAAACGUUUAUUUCCAGCUUUAAGGCAGCACUUCACUUGCGGUAGUAAUUACUAGUUAACAAGAUAUUUUAUCAUAUUUAUUGAACGUUUACGAAUUGUUUGACAAUUUUUUGUUUAUUUGCAUAGGAACAAUCUAUGUUCACAUUGAAGUCAUAUAAUCAUUCCCUCUUAUUACAAAUUGAAGACAACGGCAUACUUGCAGCCACAGCAGAUCCGUUCGAGUCAUUAGGACGGCCAAAUGGUUAGUAUAUUGAUCAAAUAUAUACAAUGUGUAUAUGAUACUAUCAAAUACCUGAACAGCAUUCCUUAACCCACUAGCUGGCAUAUCCCAACUAUACAAGCAUAUAUAUUGUAAUAUUGGGUUUGUCAAGAUGUUUUCAUUUUUCGGUUUUUGUUUUAUAUUUCAUAUCCGGACUAAGCCUGAUUUGUUUUCUUUUUAAAUGCAGACGCAUUCGUUAGGGCAGCUAGCGCAUUCGUUUCUUCCUAUAGUCCUACGGACUCGUGACAUUUAUGUGAAAAGAGUCAGUAUGUAGUUGCAUUUUUUUCGAUGGUUAUAGGUCUAAUAAACGGUCCCUUACAAAUCCUUUAAACAAUCAAGAUUUAUUAGGUCCAAUCCCGCAAUCCGAGACGGAAUUAGAAUUUAGCGGUUUGAAAAAACAAUGCUACAAUCAAUGCAAGACUUGCUUGUUUGUGAUAUACUUAGCAAUGAAAAAUCAACCUCCCCCUUCCCCCCUUUACAAUGCUCUUGUGGUUAAUAUAUUUGCUUGUGUCAUUACUUGACCAACACAAAUAUGCACCAAUACAACAUUGAAAGGGGGGAGGGGGGUCUUGUACUCUUGUUUAAGUUGAAAAGCAAGAAGUACAUGCAAUCAAGCUCUUCGUUCCACAACAUCUGACCAGAUUGUAGUUUUCCAAAGAAAUGUAACAUUUUCCAAUAUUGUCUUUCACCGUUCCAUUUGGUUGAACGACAGAAUACAGGAAUGUAUGACAUGCAUUUUUGGAAUAUAUCGCGUUUCCAGCGUUGUAACAUAUUUAGAAUGUUUCAAAUAACAUUAAAGAACUCAUUAAUAAUUCAGGAGCAAAACACAAAGAAAAAUCAUAAGUGUGUCGUGGUUUUAUAUGUGAUAAAAAAUCAUGUUAAUUUACAUAAACUUUAGCUUUGAUUUUCUCGGCUUAGACAAAGUUUAUUUAAAAAAUUACUUCGCCAAUGAACUCGUAUAAGAUGAGUCGUUUUUUAAGCUAUUUCAAAGCACUUGUAGUCGUGUUUUAUCACAUAUAAAACACUCCGCUACGCGUCGUGUUUUAUAUGUGAUAAAACACUCCUGCUCUCGUUUUAAAUAGUACACAACAUUUUAUAAAUAUUUUCAACAAUUAUACCAUUAAAUUCAUCAUAGAUAAUCAUUAUUAAAUAAUUACGCAAAUACCAUUAAAUUCAUCAAAGAUAAUGAUUAUAUAUAAUAGCAAUUAACUGUUAUUUAAUUUAUUUAUUUCUUAACUAAAUUUGCAUGCAUGCAUGACUGAAUUCGAAUUGUGAUGCUGACUCAUGAGGUGUGUUUGAGCAACGUUUUCUAUACUUAAUAAUAAUGGAUACUGGAGUAAGCAAUAUGAUAUAUUUCCACCAGAAAAUGUUCCACUCACUUAUUUCUCUAUUUCACAGUGUAUUUCUAUGUGGAAACUGCAGCUGAUUUGGAACUAGACAGAUUACAAUAUCAAUUCAAACCGUACAGCCAGUCUGACAAAUAUAUUGCUGUUAUCAAUGGUGAAAUUGCUUUAAAGGUUGGUAUUACACAUUGCAGAAUGCUUCACUUAAUUCACAUCAAAGCUUCCCUUCUGUAGUAGCACUGGACCGAUGAGAUAGCCUUCCUUGGUUCUCUAUAUGGAGAUUAUUUCAGAAAUGAUGAAGUGUCCAGCAUAAAUAAAAUUACUAAGUUAGUUUAGUUUAUGUUUCCUCUGAGGAAACAUAAAUUCCUCCUGUAGUAACCGUAUGGACCAAUUAAUUAAGGAUGAUCCUUACUGGACCUCUAGGGAGAACAGUUUAGAACUGAUAGAGCUAGUGCUACCCAGUAUAAAUAAAGUUAGUUUAGUUUAAGUUUCCUCCUGUAGUAACACUGCAUGGAUCAAUAAGAGAUUACCCUUACUGGACCUCUAUAGGAAGAACAGUUUAGAACUGAUAAACUGAGCUAUCCAGUACAAAUAAAGUUAGUUAGUUUAAGUUUCCUCCUGUAGUAACACUGGAUCAAUAAGAGUACUCGUACUGGACCUCUAGGAAGAACAGUUUAGAACUAUAUAGUGAUAGAUCUAUCCAGUGUGAAUAAAGUUAGUUUGGUUUAGGUUUCCUCUUGUAGUAACACUGCAUGGAUCAAUGAGAGAUGAUCCUUACUGGACCUCUAGGAAGAACAGUUUAGAACUGAUAGAGCUAUCCAGUAUAAAUAAAGUUAGUUCAGUUUAGGUUUCCUCUUGUAGUAACACUGCAUAGAUCAAUAAGAGAUGAUUCUUACUGGACCUCUAGGAAGAACAGUUUAGAACUGAUAGAGCUAUCCAGUAUAAAUAAAGUUAGUUCAGUUUAGGUUUCCUCCUGUAGUAACACUAGAUAAAUAAGAGGUGAUCCAAACUGGACUUCUAGAAAGAACAUUUUACAACUGAUAGAGCUAUCCAGUAUAAAUAAAGUCGGUUGAAGCUAUAAAGAAAUCAAUAUACUGAUUUCAUUUUUCUCUCAACUUCAGACAAAAAGCGAGUGCACGGAAUCAGAAAGGUCAUUUUACAUUCAUCACGAAAAUGGAGAUUACAUGAGCUUCUUUGUUUACACGGCGGGGACCACGUAUUACCUGUUCUGUGAAUAUAAUGGAUUACUUGGUGCCUCUAGGACAAAACCAGAGAGAGCAGCGUGGUUUCACAUGCUGCCGAAAGAUCAGGAAACUGUCCUUUUCGAGAGCAAAGAAUUAUUAUUUGCAACCAAUUCAUUCAUAGACAUAAUGACCGAAAUCACGUUAGUUGAAGAGUAGCCUGAAAAAAACCAAGAUAUUUUUAUACUAAAUGAUAAAUUUUAUACAUAUUUUAUGGCAUUAUUUUAUAAAUAGGAUUACACAAAAAAUAUACGUCAUGGAGUAUUAUAUAGUAUAGGGAAAUUGUAAAUAGUUCUGUAUUUAUUAAAGUUUGAAGAAAGG